CUACCCCACUCCAACCACUCCGAGCUUAUAAAAAGGACCGAUCUCCCUUCCUCCCAUUUUUCACUGAGAAAGCUAGGGUUUUGCUCAUCCCUCCCUCCCCUCCCCUCCCCUCUCUCUGUCGUUGUCGCGUUCCCUUUCGAUCUCUCUGUGCAGAGUUCGGGAUGGAGAGGGUCAGAAGAGCGGCUCAUGCGGGAUCCUGGUACACCAGCAACGCCAACAAACUGGAAGAGGAACUUGAUGGGUGGCUCAGAGCAACUGGCCUGGCUAAGUCUCCGAAUGUUAGAGGCAUAAUCGCUCCGCAUGCUGGUUAUUCAUAUUCAGGUCGCUGUGCAGCAUUUUCAUUUGCCAACAUAGACCCAACAAACCUUUCACGGGUGUUUCUUCUUGGUCCAUCUCACCAUUAUUACACUCCAAGAUGUGCUCUUACUAGAGCCACUGUUUACAGUACGCCUGUGGGAGACUUGCCAAUUGAUUUGGAAGUCAAUGAGGAGCUGCGAGCAACAGGAAAAUUUGAACUUAUGGAUCUUCAUGUGGAUGAAGCGGAGCAUAGCAUGGAGAUGCAUUUGCCUUACAUUGCCAAAGUGUUCCAUGGUUAUCCUGUAAAAAUUGUACCUAUUUUGGUUGGUGCUCUUAACUCAGAAAAUGAAGCGAUGUAUGGGAGAUUGCUUGCUAAAUAUGUGGAUGACCCCAAGAACUUCUUCUCUGUGUCAUCGGACUUCUGCCAUUGGGGAUCUAGGUUCAACUACACAUAUUAUGACAAGAAGCAAGGUCCUAUCUACAAGUCCAUUGAGGCUCUGGAUCAUAUGGGUAUGGAAAUCAUUGAGACGGGAGAUCCAGAUGCAUUCAAACGAUAUCUGCAGGAAUAUGAUAACACCAUCUGUGGACGCCAUCCCAUCAGUGUUUUCCUUCAUAUGUUGAAGAACUGCUCGGCAAAGAUUAGUAUCGGUUUCGUCCAAUAUGAACAAUCAAGCCAGUGCAAAAGCAUGCGAGACAGCAGCGUUAGCUAUGCAUCAGCAGCUGCAAAGGUAGAUAGCUGAUGUAAUUGAAAAUUUGCAUCUGGAUUCACUAGACUGUCAGUUGUAUUUGGAAGCAGGUUACAUUCCGAUGAUAAACAUGUGACUGCUGCACAAUGCCUGGAAGUUCAUAAAAGCAUCAGUUUCUUUACCGUUCGGUUCUCAUGUUACAAGACAGGACACAGUCCUAAUUCAAAUUAACAAAAAGCUCCCAGAUCAUGUGUAGUUUUUGGAGCAAUUCUGUUUUUACUAUGAUCUGAGUUAUGUUAUCAAGAUUGUGAUACUCAUAGUCUGCAUAACGUGCGUCUCUACUUGGAGCCACCUAUUGACCUUUGUAUUGGGUUUACUUCUCUAUGGCAGUCCCUGCUUCUCCUUCUUG